AUGAAUUCGUCCCUCGCAGGGAGGGUUGAUGAUAUAGCCAUUGACGACGACGAUGAGGCAGAAGACUUUAUCCUAAUCGAUGUGAGCGAUGAAGAGGAAGAGGAGGAGGAGGAGGAGGAGGAGAUCCCCGACAGCCAAGAAUCGACCCCAGAGCCUGAUGAACCCAUCCUUGGAAUCUCGCAUGUCAACAUCGCCAGAGCAUCAACAACUCCAUCGAGCACUGGGCCGCCGUUGUGCAAGGAGCAACUCGACCUGCUGCACCUCAUCGUCUCCGGACGAAAUGUCUUCUUUACCGGCUCGGCAGGCUGCGGGAAAUCCACCAUCCUGAAAGCCGCGGUGAAGAUGCUGCGUGACAUGGGCAAGAUUGUCCAUGUCGUUGCGCCGACUGGCCGCGCAGCGCUUCAGGUCGACGGCAUGUCGACGUGGUCGUACAUGGGCUGGACGCCGGACUACCACAAGUUCGCCAUGGACAAGCUCAUCUCCAAGGGCUUCCGUACGCACAUCAUGAGGCGCUUGAGGACCACAGAGGUGCUCAUCAUUGACGAGAUCAGCAUGGUGGAAAACCACCACCUGGAGCGCAUCAACAACUGCAUGAAGGCGGUGCUUUGCUGGAAAGAGUACCGGACUGAGAGAGAUGACUGGGAGGCAAUGUCGAGCAUUGAUGCCUUUGGCGGCGUGCAGGUCAUUGUUACGGGCGACUUUUGUCAACUACCCCCCGUCAAGCCAUUCGACUUUUGCAUGCAGUGCGGGAAAGAGUUGAUUGCCGACAAAGACGGAGCCGAGUUCAACUGCGAAGAGAACCACGGUCCAUUCCCGGAGACGGACAAGUGGGCGUUCAAGAGCAAGGCUUGGGAGGAGGCAAAGUUUGCUCACGUGAACCUGAAGGAGAUCCAUCGCCAAAAGGACGAGCACUUCAUCAGGAUGCUGCAGAAGUGCCGUCUGGGGAUCUCUUUCUCGCCUCAGGAGAUGCACACCCUCAUGGAACAUCCGUGCAAGGUGCACAAGGCCACGAAGCUCCUCUGCACGAGAAAAGAGGUUGCCCGGGUGAACCAAGUGAAUUUUGAUAAGCUCAACACUCCAAUAUGGGAAUACCACGCUCUGGACGGCUUCAUCGCUCGUCAAGAAAAGCACAAGCAACUAUCGCAAUAUUACGAGCGUUUUCACGAUGAAACACUGGUGGCUUGCAAAGACAACCGUCUGGAUCGACGCGUUAGGCUGCGUCCCGGUAUGCUAGUGAUUCUGCAGGUCAAUCUCGAUAUCAGGGGGGGCUUGGUCAAUGGAAGUCAGGGCAUCGUUUGCGGGUACGAAGACUUCAAUUCCAAGAGCCUUCCAAUCGCAGCCAAGGGGAAAAAGGCCGACUCCAUUCCUCCUCACCAGCGCAUCACCGGAGAAUAUGCCGAAUUCAGAGAAAGGCAGAUAGAGAGCUUCAUGAUACAGCAUCAGCAUCACCCAACGUUGUGGCCGAAAGUACACUUUCACAACGGCCAGAAGCGCGUCAUCUACCCGACCUGUGUUGUCAAUUCAGUCGGCGAUAAGGAGCCGUAUUCAUUGCUGCAUCGGACGCAGAUACCGCUUAUGCCGGGCUGGGCGAUGAGCGUCCAUCGAAGCCAGGGCAUGACGCUGGAUCGUGUCGUUGUUGACCUUUCUAAUGCCUUUGAGGAAGGCCAGGUCGAGGUCUGGGACAAGGCGACUCUCGCUUCCAACACGGCUUAA